GCUGUGGGAAGAAGGAAGCCAGGUUUCUUAGGCAGCCACAGUCAUGGGGGAGACGGCCCGCAGUGCCGCGGGCUCCGCGCCUGGGGCGGCGGCUUCCGCCGAAGCCCCGCUGCAGUACAGCCUUCUUCUGCAGUACCUGGUGGGUGACAAGCGUCAGCCCCGGCUCCUGGAGCCUGGGAGCCUGGGCGGGAUCCCGAGUCCGGCCAAGAGUGAGGAGCAGAAGAUGGUCGAGAGGGCGAUGGAAAGCUGCGCCUUCAAGGCGGCGCUGGCCUGCUUGGGAGGAUUUGUCUUGGGAGGUGCAUUUGGGGUGUUCACUGCUGGCAUUGAUACCAAUGUGGGCUUUGACCCUAAGGAUCCUUACCGCACACCUACAGCAAAAGAAGUUCUUAAAGACAUGGGGCAGAGAGGAAUGUCCUACGCCAAAAAUUUUGCCAUCGUGGGCGCCAUGUUUUCUUGCACUGAGUGUUUGGUAGAAUCUUACCGGGGAAAAUCAGAUUGGAAGAACAGUGUCAUCAGUGGCUGCAUCACUGGAGGAGCCAUUGGUUUCAGAGCUGGCGUAAAGGCUGGGGUCAUUGGUUGUGGAGGUUUUGCUGCUUUCUCUGCUGCGAUCGAUUAUUACCUACGGUGAGAGCAGUUGCCUCCAGGGAAGGAUGAUGCCAGCCCAGGAUCAGAGCUGUUCUGUGUAGGGCAGUGUCUGCACCAUGCCGGGGCACUUGCUUCAGAGACUGAAGACAUUUGUUUUCCCUCACAUAGUUGGUGUCGUGAGGGAGCUGCCUGGCUGCAAUCUGCCACCUCUGAGCUGCCACGCUCUCUGCUCCUGGACUCCAGCCAGGCUGUGGGGGGCUGUGCCACGCCAGCCGCUCUCUUUCGGGCAGAUCAGGAGUCAGCGUGUUGACCUGUAGGAGUUGAGUCCCGCAGACGUUCAGUCCUGACCACAACUGGCCCUCUGGUGGUUUGGUGCCGUGGGAAUGGAGGGAACUUCACAUAUACCCGGGAAGCUGUUCUACCUUGGACCUCCACGCCGUCAUCCAUCUCACACACUGGGGCAGGGCAAAGUGAAUUUAUGCCAUCCGACCAAUGAUGUCAUUUUGUUUAGUGUUCUGCCUUGUUAAAAAACAUAUAUAUAUAUAUGUAUUUAUAUUACAGUUUAAAAGGUUGGCUUAUUUUUAUUUUCAGAUUCCACAAUUCCCAAAAAUGGUUCCAGGUGCCCAAAGAUUGAACAUACAUAGGGAAAGCGUGAGCAAACUCCUGCGAAGUUUGGGAAUGUUAGGUUCCCAGGAUCUGCAGAGUAGCGUUAUCCUCACUGAGAUUGUUACGUUGGCCAGGGCCUUCCCCUAAAGAAGCCCAGCCUAGCCAUGUCCUAGGAUGCGUUGAAAUUCCGCGCAUAACCCCUGCUGGCCUCUUCUAAAGAAUCCCUCCUGUGGGCUGGCCAAUGGGAAUGCCUGCGGUCUAAACCACACACUGGUGUUCCGCUCUGACCACCAGACCAGGCCCGGCUCAAGGACACAGUGUGUGAAGGGUCCUGCUCUGGUCCUCCUGGUGACUAAGUCACAGCAGCCACUGGUUACGAUCAGACCGAGUUGAGGAGCUGUUCACCGCUACCAUUUUUCUCUGAUGUCAGCGUUUUUCUUUCUUCCUUAAACAUAUUAGUGUUUUUGACUUGACCUGGUAGCCUUUUUUCUGACAGUAGCAGCUCAGCCUAAUUCUGUGCCAUAUGCAAAGAAAUAGCCUUUUACAAUUGGGAUCUGCCACAGAUGCUGCUUUACUCGGGUGCUCUGGUGGUGGGGUGAAGAUGAACUCGGGACAGGCAGGUAGCUUGGUGGGGGCCAUGCAAUUCCAGCCACCGUAAGCCAGUGGUAACGUCUCCUUUAUUCUACCUUUGCCUUUUUGCCUCUUUUUGGCUUUCUGCCCCCUUGUCUGCCGUCUUCCAGCUCACCCACCCUUAACCAGAACUCAGACUCAGCUGAACCAUCCAGACAUCCUGAGUGAGUGUGUGUGUGAGAUAAUGUCAAACCCAGCUGGUAACACCUUCCUCUGGCCAUGUCUGCUGUUGCCUUUGGAAUGAGUGAGCUAGUACACAAGACUCAUGUCCUUCUAUGGGGAAUUCUAUAGAAUGCCUGUCCCAGUCUCAGUCACGAGGCUUCACUGCGGCUAGGCUGGCUCGAGUAUCCUCACAGGUCAGAGAACAAAUGUAGGAGUGUUUCCUCUACCGUCUGUAAAUAAGUCGCCUAUAAGCACUUAGAGCAAGAGUAGAUACUCCUACCCUGGCACCUGCUACAGUGCUAGAAGCCCAGCAUCUUCUACCAUCCAGUCUAGUGCGUGGGGUCAAAUACAUUGACUGACUUGAGUACAGGAAACUGUCCGCACGACUGCCUUGAAAAAGAUGAGCCCCGGGCUGUCAGUAGCCAUCAGUUCAAUAAGCCAAGCAUUGUCCACGUUGACUAUUCAAUCAAGAGAGGAGAUGAAUAGCUUCCUGUUUUAGAUGGCUAAGGAGGCAGUAUGAGCUCAUAAACCAAACACCAAUUUUCAGAGACAUCUGUUCCUGAUCUCCAGAAUAAACACAGUGUCCAAUGGCUUAGGCUGGUGGAAGCCUACAUUAACCCCACUAGCUCUUACAGGGAGGAUGGGCCUCUAGGGGAUGCAGACUCCAACAGGCAGAUGAGGACACAAGGCUGCCCCAAGGACCUGCUACUUCCAAGGAAAAUGGAGAGAAAAUUCACAUAAGAUAAGCCUCCACUUGAACGGACAACUUCCUGCCAUCUCUCGAGGCACACUGAUGGCCACGUCCCUGGUGGGGCAGUUGUAUUUCAUGAAAAGAACCGGCUGGUGACUGAGGUGGAGGCGUUGGUGAAAGAGCAAGGACGGGGCGCGGGCUCAUCGCCCCCCAAAACCGCCACAGGCUCCACAGGCCGAAGGGACGCUCAAGGGUGAGUUCACUAGGUAAACAGAUUCUUGGAAGCACAUCUGGAUGCAGCUGGAAGAGUUAAAUAUUUAGAUUGGUGGUCUUCCCUGGACUCCUGAGAACACAAACGUCCACACCACAGGGCUGAGUUGUGUGCAAAUGUUGGGGCUUUGCAUUUUUUUUUAUUAACAUUUUCCUCUCACGUGGUUUACAUCAAUUUAUAAUCUACGUAAGUUGAAACAGAACAUAGACCAAACAAAAAUAUAUCCUUACCAACUUAUUAAAGUCAAAUAUUAAUGAAGUGUCCCAUCCUACCUGUAUCAGCAAACACCGGCGGCCCACAGCCGUUGCCAGCAAGGACAGGCAUGCAGGAUUCCUGUAGCCUGUCUUGACGGGCCUCUGUUGGCACAGACUGCCCUGCUGGGCACAGUGGCUGGGGCUUCUGGGCUGCACAGUCCCUGUCUCGUAGGAGAACCCACGGGCUAUUUCCUCAGUGCAGCUCAGUCCAGGUCUGGUACCCCGCCCCUCCCUGCUCUUGGGGGUGGAAUUUAUAAAUAUUCUGAGCCUUUUGCAUUUCUCAGCCCUUCCGGCCUUCCUCC